AUGGAGGAACUUCAGAGGCAAGCAGGCAACUUGAUUGAGGGCAAGCCCAGAAAGGUGAGGUUCAGGCUGGCCUCGUCGUACAGCGGCCGGGUGCUGAAGCACGUGUAUGAAGAUGGACAGGAACUGGAUAGUCCAGAGGAGCAGUACCCACACAGCUUCAUGCACACCAAGAUGGAGAUGGGACAUCUGUGUGGCUUAGAAGACAUGCAGGAGCAGAGUUUGUACCCUCCGACAGGCCUGAUCGCCCAGAGGAUAAACGUCUAUCGAGGAGUGACAGGAUGCAACUCCCUGGUGUGUGGAGAUCUUCCAGAAGGGGAUCAUAAAGCACCAGUACUCGAUUUUGGAAAGAUUAUUAUCUACACCAGCAACCUGAAGAUUAUUCGAGCUCCUCAGAGAAGGGGAGAAUCUGAAAGAAGUCCUCACCGCAGCCGGGACAGGAAAGAAAGUUCCCCAGGACGGGAGUCCCGGAGCAAAGGGAGACAUAGAACAGCAGGUUAUCAUGCAGAGGAACCAGAUGCAAUGACUGAACAAAAGCAGGAAGCAGGCUCCUGUGAACAGUGUGGAGGUUCGGGCUGUGCGCCGUGCUCUCUCUGUCACGGCAGCAAAUUGUCCAUGCUGGCCAAUCGCUUCAACGAGUCAAUCAGAGAGCUGCGCUGCCCAGCAUGCAACCCCCAUGGCCAAGAGCGCUGCCAGUCCUGCACACACUAACACAUCUACUGCUGCCAAGCUCUGUCGGAUGGAGAUCAGACCCUCUGAUGUGUGAACGAAAGUGCAUUUUGGAUUAGUUCUUAAAUAUAACAGCUUGAGGGCGGAAUGUGAACUGCUGGAAAGUACUGCGAUGAAAGUUAAUACAGAUUCACUAGACAACGGUUAACAGUUGAUAUGAAAUCAGAAAGGAACUGGAAACUCAAAGAGAGGAAAGGAACAACAGAGGAAUGGAGAGAAAGUUUAUAUGUCACUGUUUUCUGAUAUUGGGUUAUGGUCAC